AUGGUCCCAGCGAAACACAUUUUUGAAGCAUUCUCAUGGACCAUCAACUCAAUUUUUCUUCUCAUUUUUCCAUGGAUUCUGACGGGAUGCUUUGGGAAACAAGAGAAGGAAGAGGCACCGGUGGCAGCAGCUGUACCCACGUCGUGUUCGGAUACAACUUCCAGAACAAGUGUCCAACUGGCGUCCUCUGCUCUUCUCCAACCUGCACCACUACCUCCAGUACCCUCUGUUACUCUUCCUGAGCCUCAAAAGUCCAAGAAGAUUUCAAAAAUUCCAGAAGAAAAGCAAAAUGUGACUACUCGAAAAUCUCCGGAUAAGAAAUCGAAAGAAAAGACAAUAAGCCCAAAGAAAAGCAUGGAAAAGGCAAAAUCACCGAGAAAGGAAAUAGUGCUCUCCCGCAAAGUCGAAACAGAAGAUCUGCGUGUGACGACAUUCCCGAGCUGUUGGACUGACAAGGAUCUCGCUCCCGAGCCAGCUGUCAAAGAGGAGCAAGUGUUCGCCGAGGAGGAUCUGAUGCCACUGAACGACGAGGGGGAGGGAGCGCGUGUUGGGGCUGUUGGAGACGGAGCUGCUGCUGGAGAGCAAAUGGAACAGAACGCUGUUGAGGAUGUUGAGAUGGGAGAAUGUGUCAAUCUGGAGAAGAAUCUCAAAUUUUGUCGGAAGAGUUCUCUUCCGUCAAAAUAA